CUCGUCCGUUUCCGCAGCCCAGGGUAAGCCAUGAAGGUCCAGCAGCUCGCAAUGGGAGGGUUCUGGGAGCACCAACUGCAAGAACCCUCCUCCCCCUCCUCCUCCUCCUCCUCCUCCACCACUUCUUCUUUGACCAUUCACUUCAAGCGCCUCCGCCCACUUGCACCCAAGCUGACGGCCACCGUCACUGCCACCACCGUUGCUGCUAGUCAAACAAUCGCCUCUCUUGAUGUGAAGGGCUUCAACUUCCCCAAGGCCAAAUGCACCGCCCGGAACCCAGAUUCCUCCCAACCACAGGUGGAGACGCAGUCAGGGGGGACUAGGUGGAAUCCAGCGCCGGAGCAGAUAAGGGCGCUAGAGGCUCUGUACCGGGGUGGGAUGCGGACACCGAAUGCCCAACAGAUCGAGCACAUCACUGCCGAACUCGGCAAGUACGGGCGGAUCGAAGGGAAGAACGUCUUCUACUGGUUCCAGAACCACAAGGCCCGCGAGCGCCAGAAGCAAAAGCGCAGCGCCCUCCUCGCCCUGAGCAGCAGCAACAAUGACAGCAGCAGCAACAGCAGCACUUGUCCUCCAAUCAUGGCUCUAAAGUCUACUGGAUCCAGGGGAGGACGAGUAGGAGGAGGAGAAGUGGAGGAGUACUACGACGGGAGUUGCAAGCGUAAAUGCCGGAGCUGGGGAGGCGUCGGACGGGACAUCAUGGAAGAGGGCGGGGGUGACCGCACCCUGGAGCUAUUCCCGUUGCAUCCGGAGGGGAAGCAGAUGAGGUAGCUGAUAGCCGAUAUGCCAUCCGAAAAGGAGGCUCUUAAUUAAUUUCUACCUCUUUCCCUCUGUUUUUUUUCCCACUUUCCCCCGCCCCCGCCCUCCUCUCUUUGUGUCACGUUCCUUAGUUGUUGGUCCUGUCACAAGUUCAGUUUGUGGUUCCAAGUUCUUUCGUUCGUCCUAUUGUAGGUUUCUUUUUGAGAUAAAUUAGUAAUAUUGAUG